AUGGGCGCCUUCUCCAACGCCGCUGGGCGCCUCACCGGCCGCUCCAAAAACGAAAAAGAAGAUGAAGCCACCGAACUCCCACCCACGACCAACAUCUUCGGUCCUGACAGCACGGCCAUCGCCCCUGAGACCCUGCGCGCCCAGGACGCCGCCGAGCGCGAAGAGCGCGUCCCGCUCGCCCGCCAAGCAACCGCCGUCGAGAAGGAGAUGAGCACCUGGACGUGCGUGCGCGCCUUUUGGCCGGCUGUGCUGCAAGCCAUCAUCCUCUCCUGCGCGUGUAUCAUGGAGGGCUUCGAUCUAGUCCUCAUCACGGGUUUCCUUACCAACCCCGUAUUCCGCCGGCGCUACCAGUGUCCGGAUGCGUCCUUAGAUGGCAAGGUGUGCGAGAUCCCCGCAUCGUGGCAGUCGGCGAUUGUGAUUGGGCCGACGGUUGGGCAGAUGGCGGGUGUGCUGCUGAGUGGCUGGCUCGUGGAGCGGUUUGGGUAUAAGAGGACGUUUAUGGCGUCGCUGGUGGCGCUGUCGGCGUUUAUCUUUAUAGUGUUUUUUGCGGGGAGCUUGACGAUGUUCUUGGUGGGAUUGUUGCUGUGUGGACUGCCUUGGGGGGUGUUCCAGACGCUCACGACGAAUUAUGCGUCUGAUGUGUGUCCGACGCCGAUUAGGGCGUAUGUGACGGCUUGGAGUAAUGUGUGCUGGAUUAUUGGACAGUGUCUUGGUGCGGUUACGCAGAGGGCGUUGGUUAAUAAUAUGACGAUGCUGUCGAUUCAGAUCCCUCUUGGUCUGCAAUGGGUCUUCCCUCUCCCUAUCUUCAUCUUCUCGCUAUGGGCCCAGGAGUCGCCAUGGUGGCUUGUUCGCAAGGGCCGCACCGACGAGGCCCGCAAGGUCCUCACUAAACUUGUGUCCCAGAGUCGCGUGCCAGAGGGUUACAGCAUCGAUGGUCAGCUCGCCAUGAUCCAACUUACCAAUGCCGAUGAGCUCCGUGAGACUAAUGGCACGGGCACGGGAUAUCUUGAUUGCUUCCGUGGCGUUAAUCGCAGACGUACGGAGAUCUCGACGUUCACGUGGGUCAUCCAGAAUGCGAGUGGCUCAGCACUCAUGCAGUGGUCUCCGUACUUCUUCCAGCGCGCAGGCAUGGCGCCGGAGCAAACUUGGAACUUCGUUAUUGUCCAGUACGCCCUCGGUCUCGUCGGCACAGCAAUAUCCUGGUGUCUCCUCGGGCGCUUCGGCCGCCGCACCAUCGAGCUCUGGGGCCUCUUUCUCCUCACCUUCGUCCUCACCAUCUGCGGCAUCAUCGCCACCAUCGGCCUCAGCGCCGAGCUGACUGGCUGGCUCUCCGGCUCCCUCCUCCUCCUCUACACCCUCGUCUACGGCUGCACCAUCGGCCCCGUCACGUACGCCCUCGUCUCGGAACUCUCCUCCACGCGCACGAAAUCAAAGACCAUCAACAUCGCACGCAUGGGCUACAACGCCUUCGGCGUCUUCAACUGCGUCGUCACGCCCUACCAGCUCAACCCCACGGCCCUCAACUGGGGGAUGAAGACAGCGUGGUUUUGGGUCGUCUUCUGUGCGCUCUGCUUCGUGUAUGCGUUCUUCCGGAUCCCGGAGCCGAGGGGAAGGACGUACGCGGAGAUGGAUUGGUUGUUCGCGGAGGGCAUAUCGGCGAGGAAGUUUGCGAGUACGGUUGUCCCCCGAUUUGGCGAUGAGAUGGAGGGGGAGGAGGGCGCGAGCUCUUCGGUGGAGAGUUAUGAGAAGAAAGGGGCAGGGGUUGUGGAGGCUGAUGGCGGGGUGAUGCCGAGGUCGGGGUCGUUGGGGUCGAGUAAUGCGCCGGCGGUGGCGACGGUGGAGAGUGUAGCGGAGGGUGGUGCGGGGGAACUUAAUGGGGAGGGAGAGGGGGGGAAGAAGAAGGGGCGGUUUUGGUUGUGGGGGAGGAAGUAG